GUUCGAAUGAUCUUGGCUGAAUAUAAGAUCCACAAUGCCGAGGUACUCUUCAGGGAGGACGCAACUAUGGACCAGUUCAUUGAUGUUAUUGCUGAUAACAGAAUCUACAUGCCUUGCCUCUAUGUUUACAACAAAAUCGAUCAAAUCUCAUUAGAAGAAGUAGACAGGUUGGCCCGUGCUGAGCACAAUGUAGUGAUUUCGUGUGAGAUGAAACUAAACCUGGACUAUUUGCUUGAGUGUCUCUGGGAGCAUCUUGAUCUACUUCGUGUUUACACAAAAAAACCUGGACAGGCUCCUGAUUUUGAUGAUUCAAUUAUUCUGAGAAACGGAGUUAAUGUCACACACGUUUGCCAUGGAAUUCACAGAACUCUGGCUGAUGAUUGUAAAUAUGCCCUGGUCUGGGGAACAAGCACUAAGUUCAACCCACAAAGGGUUGGACUUUCCCACCUGAUGGCCGACGAGGAUGUUAUUCAAAUUGUUAAAAAGUAAUGAUUUGCCUGUAAUGCCACAAUAAAUAAUUAUUCUAAUCGA